GUGGGGCUGUUACAACACAGUCCUGAUCGCCGAUAAACAACAGAAGAAGAGCAGGAUUCAUGAACCGGAGGAGGUUUCUGUGUGGUUCCGUGAGUACUCAAGCUUUCAGGAGAAACUCGCUCGGAAUCAGCUCUUUACUGAGACACCAGUCAAAAUGCCCGGCGCGGAUAAAGAGACAGAUCUGUCCGAGCGCAUCGAGUCGUUUCUGUCCGAGCUGAAGCGCUGCGGCAGCGGGGCAGGAUCCCUCCGGGGCUCCGCGGAAACUGCCCGAGAAACGACCGCUUUACUCCGCAGAAUCACCGCGCAGGCCCGCUGGGGCAACGCCGGUGAGCUGAUGGAAAUCAUACGGAAGGAGGGCAGGCGGAUGACAGCAGCACAGCCGUCUGAGACCACCGUCGGUAACAUGGUCCGCAGGGUGCUGAAGAUCAUCCGAGAAGAAUAUGCGAGGUCCAGAGGCAGCAGUGAAGAGACGGAUCAACAGGAAUCUCUGCACAAGCUGCUGACGUCUGGAGGCUCCAGCGAAGACAACUUCAGACAGCACUUCGCUCAUCUCAAAGCCAACGUCAUUGAAGCCAUCAAUGAACUGCUGACAGAACUGGAGGGCACCACAGACAACAUCUCCAUGCAGGCGCUGGAACACAUCCACUCUAACGAGGUCAUCAUGACCAUCGGCCGCUCUAGAACUGUGGAAGCUUUCCUGAAAGACGCGGCGAGGAAACGCAAAUUUCACGUCAUCGUUGCGGAGUGUGCGCCCUUCUGUCAAGGGCAUGAAAUGGCCACAAGUCUUUGCAAAGAGGACAUUGAGACAACGGUCAUCCCAGACGCGGCCAUUUUCGCUGUAAUGUCAAGAGUCAACAAGGUGAUCAUCGGCACACAGACGGUUCUGGCUAACGGGGGUCUGCGGGCGGUUAACGGCACACACACACUGGCUCUGGCUGCCAAGCAUCAUUCGACUCCUCUCAUCGUCUGCGCUCCCAUGUUCAAGCUCUCGCCGCAGUUUCCUAAUGAGGAGGACACGUUUCAUAAAUUUGUUUCACCACAUGAAGUGCUUCCCUUUACUGAAGGUGAGAUCUUGUCUAAGGUCAACGCUCACUGUCCGGUAUUCGACUACGUUCCUCCAGAGCUCAUCACACUGUUCAUCUCAAACAUCGGUGGAAACGCUCCGUCGUACAUUUACCGUUUGAUGAGUGAACUUUACCACCCUGAAGAUCAUGAACUCUAGUCUGGAAAAUAAAGAAUCUCUGACUCGCAUGUUUGGUUUUCAAGAGUCUGUGAUUGUGAAUUGAAUUUAAGUAGGGGUGUGCGAUAUGAAGAUUUUUGAUCGUGGACGAUAACAAUGUCUCCACGAUCUGCUUUUGAAGAAAUAUCGUAGUAUCGUGCUACAGCGCACAUUCUAUCAGCUGCAGUUCUUAUUCCUCCGUCUCAAUAUACUGUACAUUAUUCGGAUCUGCUUUAAAGCCUUGCUGGUUAAAUGUUUUAUUCACGCGUCGGUCUGACGCGCGUGCUAAAGCCUGUCAAAAAGUGCCUGAUUACUGAACUAAGUUAUCUUGUGCACUAAUACUGUCAAAACACACAAGGUUUAUGUAUAGACUCCGUUGCUUAUGUCUAAAAUGAGUAAGUAAACAGCUGAGAGAAACGGAUGCGUGCCUCUGUAUAUUAGAUGCGUGCAUGUCUUAAAGGGGCAGUACUGAACAUGCUGCCGACUGUCAUUAAAGGGAUAGUUCACCUUAAAAUUUAAUUUCUGUCAUUAUUUACUAACUCGCAUGUUGUCCCAAACCUGUAUUAAUUUCUUUCUUGUGCUGAACACAAAAGAAGAUAUUUUGAAGAAUGUGGGUAACCAAAUAGUAUCUGGUCCACAUUGACUUUUGAUAGAAGGGAAAAAAAAUACUAUGGGAUAAGUCACUGGGGACCAGCAACUGUUUGGUUUUCCACUUUCCUCAAAAUAGCAUUUAUGUUUAGCAGAAGAAACUCAUUCAGGUUUAAAGAAACUUUUGAGUGAGUAAAUGGUAUAAAUAUAAAACACUUUAUUUUGGGAUUAAUUAUUCCUUCAAUGUUAAUAAAACACAAAGAGAAAAAUCACUCGCUACUCAUGACUGAAAAACGUUAAUACAGUUGAUUUAAGAGGAAUCAAUCUAUAUAGUGUUUUAUUUUUAUUUUCGUUGAUUCAAUUUAUUGAAUGCUCCUGCUAAAUACACCUAUUGUACCUGAAAAUAAAACACUGUUUUAUUUUUA